AAAUAGAAAAGAAAUUAAAAAGUAAAAUAAAAAUUCCCAUAAAAAUCAUAAGAGAAAAAGCAUCAUCAGCACCAGCAACAGUACUCUCCUUAUAUAAUAAAAGCUGAAAAAGAAAAAGAAUACAAGAUCCACCUCGAACCCAUCAUCAUCUUCCACCACCACCACCACCUCACCGGCGUCUCCCCCAUCACCGCCACCAGCACUACUACUAUCCUCAUCUCCGUCUUUUUCAUUAAAUUAACCAAAAUUGUAACUCUUGAUUGAGAAAGUGAUAGUCUUUCCUAAAACACAUCUUGGAAUCUUGUUACUGUUUCUUUGUUGCUAAUUGUUUUUCUCUGUUUGUUUUCUUGUUUUGAAUUGCUUCAUUGAAUACCCAUAUCCCAUAAAUCUCAAAUCUUUCUUUUUUGUGAUAUACUUUUGUAGACCCAAUAAGGCAAUAAUAAGGAAACAAGUGAUAGUUUUGGGAAUUGGGUGAAAAGGUAAAGAAAGCAAGAAAUGAGAGAGGAUGAUUCAAAUUGGUUUUCAAAAUGGGAAGAGGAACUUCCAUCACCUGAAGAGCUUAUGCCUUUGUCUCAAACCCUAAUCACUCCUGAUCUUGCUAUUGCUUUUGAUAUUAGAAACCCGACAACUAAUCAACAAAAUCAGCCAAUUCCUCCACCACCCCCACCCCCACCCAUUUCCACCAACACUCUUUCUCCAACCAAUCCUUUGCUCUCUUCCCAACCCAACUCUGCUGAAUACGCUGCCGAUUCUGCUGACUUGGGCUCUGCUGGUGCUGGUGAUGAGCCUGCCAGAACCCUUAAGCGGCCCCGCCUUGUCUGGACUCCUCAGCUUCAUAAGAGGUUUGUAGAUGCUGUUGCUCACUUGGGCAUUAAAAAUGCCGUCCCCAAGACUAUAAUGCAGCUUAUGAGUGUUGAUGGGUUAACUAGAGAGAAUGUUGCUAGUCACUUGCAAAAGUAUCGGUUGUAUUUGAAAAGGAUGCAGGGUUUGUCUUCUGGUGGUGCUGCUGGUGUUAAUGGCUCUGCUGGUGGUGGUGGUGGUGCUGCUGCCUCUGAUGCUGCUACUGAACAUUUGUUUGCUAGUUCUCCAGUUCCUGCACAUUUCUUACAUCCAGGAAGGCCUAAUUCUGACCAUUUCUUGCCGUUUGUUCCAGUGGCAGCAUUGCAACAUCAUCAUCACCAGCAGCAGAUGGCUGCUGCUGCUGCUGCAGCAGUUGCACAUCCCCAAUUGCAGAGUCAAUACCAUAGGCAGAUGGGGCAUUUUGGAUCACCUCCAAAUGGCCAGUUUGACCAUCCCUUUCUGGCUAGGCAGUCACAGCAGCCUGUGCAUAGGAUAGGGGCACCAGUGCACAAUACAGUUCCAGGAUAUGUGGAGGAUUUGGAGUCGGCGAAUGGGAAUGGAGGGAGGAAGGUUCUCACACUAUUUCCUACAGGGGAUGAUUGAAUUUGGAUCCAAAAAAUUCUCACGUUCUUCUUGAGUAUAUUUUGAGUAAUUGGGAUUGAUGGGUAGUGCCAUUUAUGACGCAUAUCAAUUCUUACGGGCUUCUACUCGUGUAAUUAAGUUGUUGGUAGCAGUCUGUACUUCCCAUGUCAGCUUCUGGUGAUGGAUACUGAUAAUGAUUCUGUGCAUCGACAAUGUUCCUUAGUUUGUCCGCGGCAACAAAUUUUAUCCACCUUGUGAUAUUGGUUCAAUCUGGAUUUUGUAGAGGGUUUGCUUUAUCCCAGCAUAAUUUGGGAACCGGCUCGGUGUUGUUACAUUUUAGAGUCUUCUUCUCAGGGAGAUAUAAUAUCGUCAGUGUUCAUGAUGGGGCAAUUGGAACGGCAUUUAUCUGAAUUUUGUGCUUGCAGAUGAGGAUAAAUAAUGCUGGCAAGUGCAGUAUACGUUCUCUAGGAUCUAAUUAUGGUGUUGGUAUCUUUGGUUGGCAUAUUCAGCACUGAGUUUCUCAGCAAGGUCCAAAAUCUAUUAUGUAUUUGAGUCUCUCCUGUUUAUUAGUCCUAUGUUAUGUAGAGGUGAGUUGUACUUGUUGUACAUUGUGUGACUUCAUAGAAGACUAAAGCCCAAUGUGAGGGGUUUAAAAAAAUUCUGAUGUUAUUAGACUAUUAAAUUUAAUUAAAUUCUCCGUGAACGUUGAAGUA